UACUGUUCUUUGCCCAACCCUAGGAAUGUCCAUUUUGAAUCUGUAAACAUGAAGAACGUCCUUCGCUGGUCAGCACCGGAAGGCACGGGAGAUGGAGUACUCUACAAGGUGAAGUACUCAGUAUACGGUGUUGGCAAAUGGAUUAGAAAGCCAGAAUGCAGAAAUAUCAACAGAACAUGGUGUGACCUCUCCGGUGAGACCUCUGACUAUGAAGAACAAUACUAUGCGAGUGUUAAAGCUUUCCUAAAUGGCAUGUGCUCUGACUGGAUGGAGACCACAAGAUUCAACCCACUUACAGACACUAAAAUUGGUCCACCCGUGGUAAGUCUAUCUUCUUCUGAGAAAUCUAUUUCAAUCAUUCUGACUGCUCCUGAGAAGUGGAAGAGAAGUCCUGAGGGAGAAUCCAUAUCUCUGCUUCAAGUGUAUCCUGGCCUGCAAUACAACGUGUCUGUCCACAACAAAAAAACAAAGAAGCGGUGGUGGUUUUCCGUCAGCAACAACACUUUGGUCGUGCCCUGGUUAGAACCUGGAACAGCUUAUUGUGUCAGUGCACAGAUAUAUGUCACCACACCAUUUUUGCAAAGCAUGUUUUCUAAAGAACAAUGCAUUGCUACUUUGAAAGAUAAAACAGCAGAGGAGACUGUAACAAUCGUAUUUGGAUGUGUUCUGCCUACCAUGUUUGCUGUCCUUUUUAUUUCAAUGACAUGCUAUUGUGUGCACAGGUAUAUUCACGUCAUCAAACAGAAACAUCCAACAAACCUG